UCGUGAUGCAUAAUUGGUAAUUCUUUUGCAUCUCCCUAGUUUGUUGUACCUACACUCGAAUUAUCGCAAGGUGCCCUGCCGUACUUCAUAACAAGGCUAUAAUGUAAUUCGUCUGAGGAGAGCGUCUCCUGGCCAGAUGUGUAACCGUCUGCUUUUAUUGUGCGAUUAGUGCCAACGAGGUGUUACCUUUUGUUAUAUCCUUUGAAGUAAUGAGCAUCAAACAAACUACAAAGCAGUGACAUGUACCUACCAUAAUUAGUGCCAUGCAGACAGUGUCUGGAUAUGUGUCUGGGAUUUUGAAAUAAAAAGCCGAGAGCUGGAAGUUGGGAGGACAGUUGGAGCGAGAACAGAGAGAGAGAGGGUCCCGACCAACAGCUCCCGUGCGUGUCAAAGGCAUGCCCUGUGUCUCGCGUGUGUUUCUUAGUCCUGUAGUUUAAUAGUCCCUUGUGCAGCAUUCUAAAGAACCUGGGGCCCACAACAUCGGCCCCACCACUUCUUACAUAUGGCGACGAGGACGGGAUGCUGUUCAACCACCAUCUAGAGGGACGCUGCAGGACGAGGACACGCCAAGACCAGGGGUCAUGCCAGGAGAGAGGAGAGGGGAGACGCGCACGGAAGGGCAAGACGAUCUGGAGCAGCGCCCGGCAGAGCAUGGCAAGCGGAUCACGAGACUUGAGGAGGCCACAGGACCGUUGCUGGAGGAGCUGGGACCUCGACUCGGCACGGACGGGAGAGCGGCAUGGACCAGAGCGGGGCGAGGGACGAGAGAGCCAGGAGAGUCGACAGCAUGGAGCCGCGGCUGGAUAUGCACGUGCGAAAGGGCGGACGGCAGGACAAGAAGACCCGGGUGGAACUGUCGAACGUCACAACGGGCACAAGAGUGUUGGCGAGUUCAUGUUCAUGCCAUGCGUUAACCAUGCCUAACAAGACGGGGCGCGAUCCCGCCAUACCCUACACAGGGACUCCUACAGCAGCGAGAGACGCCGCCGGAGAUCUUCCCCAGGAAGCCGGUGGGUCCAGCCGCAUCACCGGGAGGAGCGGGAGAGGACGUCGGUGAUCGUGCAGCGACGGGGCGGAGGGGGAGCCGCAUGACACGGAACAGCAGCGGAGCGGCUGACGUGGGAGAACAACAGCCAGACUGGGAGCUGAACUGACGAUUCACUGAUUUGAACUGAUUUCAAUUUGUCGCCUGUCUACUGAACUGUUCCUAGUUGCACUUGUAUGUUCACCGUAUGUUGUCAGCACGUCCAAACUCUGAUUGCAGUAGCCUGUAACUGUUUAGCGGUUGUUAUAUAUGUGUAGGUGUUGUUUCUACAUAUAUUGUAUUUUUUUAUGUUUCGCCGGGACGGCUCAAGGUUAAGCUAUGGGGGAGUGUAGGGAUGGGGGAAAACAGAUAUUAUGUACUUUGUAGAAUCGUGAUGCAUAAUUUGUAAUUCUUUUGCAUCUCCCUAGUUUGUUGUACCUACACUCGAAUUAUCGCAAGGUGCCCUGCCGUACUUCAUAACAAGGCUAUAAUGUAAUUCGUCUGAGGAGAGCGUCUCCUGGCCAGAUGUGUAACCGUCUGCUUUUAUUGUGCGAUUAGUGCCAACGAGGUGUUACCUUUUGUUAUAUCCUUUGAAGUAAUGAGCAUCAAACAAACUACAAAGCAGUGACAUGUACCUACCAUAAUUAGUGCCAUGCAGACAGUGUCUGGAUAUGUGUCUGGGAUUUUGAAAUAAAAAGCCGAGAGCUGGAAGUUGGGAGGACAGUUGGAGCGAGAACAGAGAGAGAGGGUCCCGACCAACAGCUCCCGUGCGUGUCAAUGGCAA